AUGACUACCGAUUUGGGUCAACUGGUCGUAUCAACAAGGUUCUCCAGCAUCUACCAAAAAGGAAAUCGGGCCUUUAAAGUAACACCAAUAGCAUCUGUGGUGAAACCACACGAUCCGAUCGUCGAGCUGGAAUUGUUAAAGUUGAUGCAAGAAUCAAGAAACGAGCAUAUCAUUCAGCUGCUUUCAUUUGAGGUCAAAAACGGUGUGGUUACACUACAGUUUCCAUAUAUUCAAUUGAAUCUGCACCAGUAUCUAUUGGCACAUUACCAGAAACGUCGCUGGAACCCUUACCUGCUGGACGAUAAUCAAACUACACAGUCUUCUCAGCAUAUAAACAAGUUACCUCUCGAGCAAGCUAUUGGCUUUUUCCAGCAAUUAGCCUCAGCACUGGAGUUUAUACAUUCAAAGGACAUAAUACACCGCGACUUGAAGUUGCAGAACGUUCUGGUAAAGGAAAGCGUUGCGAAUGAGCUCCCACGCCUUUCGGUGAUUGACUUCGGGAUCGCGUUCCACCCUGAGGUGUCCCAGGAGCCUCCUGACACCAAAAUCACAGAUGUGUCCACUUCUAUCUACAAGGCUCCGGAAUUGUUGUUCAGCGUUAAAAACUAUACAGCUGCGGUAGAUAUCUGGGCUCUGCUGGUCAUAGUAUCGCAACUGUACCAAAGAAGCAGUUCAAGCGAAAAAUACAUUCCGGCGUUUGUGGACGACGGAUCUGAGGAAUUGGAUCAGGGCAGCGACAUCCGAUUGAUUUCGUCAAUUUUCCACAGUCUUGGCAUUCCUGCGCUACAAGACUGGCGAGAAGUCCGUGAUCAUGGGUCUCCGGCGUUCGAAGGCAUGUUUGGAGCAUCUGGUGACGGCAAUUACAUUGAAAAUCAACUGGAAUCCGUUCAACGAGAAAAGUGCCUGCACUCGUUCCCACGUUUGGAAGAGGUUAGCGAGCCUUCCAGAACGAUUGUCGUCGAUUGCUUGCUGCGAAUGGCAUGCUUUGAAUCCACCAGAAGGGCAACCUCAGAAGAAAUUGUACGCUCGUUGCAUGAACUGGAAUGA